AGGGGAAGAGGGAUAGAAAGAGAAGGACGGGUAGGAAGCGGAGCUGGCAGUUGUGAGAAGGAGGAUAGUGACUAAUAGCGACUGCACUCUGUCUACUGUAAGCUGGUCGAAGUUGGGAGGAGUGGCUUAACAGUCUGUAUAAGCAAGUUGGCCGAGCCGGCAAACACCUCUCUGGUGUGUUUUGACACGUGGAAGAGCAGAUUUCACCUGGAUACACUAUGUUAUCUUUUAGAUAGCAGGAGAGUUGCUGCUCCUCAGCAACCAGACAUGUAGUGGGCAGAAUAAGCAGAGUGUAUAUCUUUUUGUGAGCUGUCUUUUCCUCUCAAACAGCCUCCCUUACCUCUCGGGCUGGACUGUGCUGCAUUAACGUCGGCUCGCCCUCCCCUGCCCCCUCGCCCCCCAGCAAUGGCCUCACGCAUCGGGAUGCGGAUGCAGCUGAUGCGAGACCAGCUGCAGCAGGAGGAGCAGCGUGAGCGGCAGCAGCAGAAUGCAGCCCUGCAGUACAUGCAGCACCGCAUGGCUGCACCACCUGCACCCACGCCAGCCAUUAGCACCCCACAGCAAUACCAAAGCAUGCAGGUUCCAGUGGAGGUUCUAAAGGUGCAGACCCACCUUGAGAAUCCAACAGACUAUCAUAUCCGUCAGUCACGAAGACAGCAAGUAAAAGAAUACCUUUCAACCACCUACGCCACCAAACAGACGGUCCAGGCAGUAACAGGGCUAAUGCCACCAUCUUCUCCCACCAACAUGGCACCUGCAGGGGGAUCAGCACCUGCUCCCCCACCUCUCCACUCCCCACACAUGCGAACAGAGCAGUUAAUGUCAGGCAGCAGCGCCCCCAACAGUCCCAUGGCCAUGCUCAACAUUGGCUCCAGCCAUGAGAAGGAGAUGGACGAGGUCAUUGAUAACAUCAUCAGCAUGCAGUCCAGCUAUGAUGAUGUUCAAACAUACAUUGAUCCCAUCCAGAUGCCAAACACACUCCCAUUGUCAAGCAGUCACCUGGAUGUGUACACAGGUCCUGGAAUGAAGGGGCCAGCCAUUACUAUGACAAGUAACUCCUGUCCUGCCAACCUAACCAUCAAAAGAGAACUUUCAGACACAGAAGCCCGUGCGCUGGCCAAGGAGAGACAGAAAAAAGAUAACCACAAUCUGAUUGAAAGGAGGAGGAGAUUCAACAUUAAUGAUCGUAUCAAAGAACUGGGCACCAUGAUUCCCAAAACCAAUGACCUUGAUGUGCGCUGGAACAAAGGCACUAUAUUGCGGGCAUCUGUGGAGUAUAUUAAGCGCAUGCAGAAAGACGUACAGAGGUCCAGAGAGGUGGAGAACAACUUCAAACGAAUGGAGAUGGCCAACAAACAGUUGGUGCUACGAAUUCAGGAGUUGGAGAUGCAGGCUCGUCUGCAUGGUCUGCCCAACACCUCUCCCUCUGGCCUCAACCCAACUGAAAUGAUGCCUUCUUAUAUAAAACAAGAGACCAGCCCAGAGGAGAACCUUUCUCACCCCCAACAACAAGCCCACCAACAGCCCCACCAGCUACACCAUAAUCAGGCUCAGGCCCAGCAGCACCAUUUCCUUCCCCAGACCCACCUCCAUCCUCAGGGUCAGGCUCAGCCUCAGCCAAGGCAUCUGCCACCUCUCCCCCACCACCUUCAACCCCAGCAGCCCAUUCAGUUCCCAGCUGUGGGCAGCUCCCAGCCUUUUGACUUUGCCCAGUCGCUGGACUUGUGCGAUGGGAUACCCGGAUUCUCAGAUGGCAUGUCUGGGAUGGAUGACCUGGGUGGACUGGAUGUCCAGGGGAGGAGAGGCGAUCUGAGCUUCUUGAUGAUGGAUGAGCCUUUGUCCCCUAUGGGUGGAGAUCCGCUGCUCUCUGCAAUGUCUCCUGAGGCCUCUGUCGACUCCAGCCGCAGAUCCAGCUUUAGCAUAGAGGAUGGAGACAUAAUGUAGACACAUGCACAUAUAUACACACACUUAAACACACAAGGCUUCUGGGUGUUCACGGUAAAAACGUAAACAACACAGAAAAAUAACACAGCCCAAAAAAAGGAAAGAAGGAAUCAUGUAUGCAUCACACAAUUCUUACACACACUUGACACUCAGUUGUAGUACAAUUAUCUCUGCUACUGUCAGAAGAAGGUACACAGCACUGACACAGAUGAAAACACGCUUCAUAGAAUAAACAUUUGCACUCAUACAGAUGAGCCUGUGAGUUAAUCUGAGCAGCUUGAAACUUUGCCCAGUAGUCUGAGCAUUUACAAGCACAGCCGGCACAUCCCAGGUUGGUUAUAUAGCACACUGGCCUCGAUUCCAUAAAGGUGGCUCUGAAUCAUAAUUGAAGAGCGGACAAAACCAGCAGUUAAUUAGACUUACACUAUCAGAUACAAGGACAACCGAGUGCAUUGUCUCAUGUGAUAGAGGGCAAGUUUUGCACCACACACAACCUCUUUUAAUAACUGUAAAUGAUUGAAUGAAUGAUAGUUAAUAAAAUAGAAACAGCUUUAUGGUCUUGCAUGCAUAAUUUAUCUCGUGGGGGAAUUAGUGUGCCAAAUUGUUGCGUUCCUCACUCUGCUAUUCCACUGUUUCCUUUAGGCUCCUUUACACCUUUCAGUGUUGAUCAAGGAUCUGUGUUGGUCUUCAAAGCUGGAGCGUAUUUCUUUAAAUGUCCACGUUUAAAACCUCAGAGGAUGGACAAUGGACUGUUGGAGGCCCAAAAAAAUCUAGCUCUAGAUAAAGCCUGUUGUUACAUUUGCCCUGUUUUUACCCAAAAUUCAUGUGUUAUCACUGACAUAUAUACACACACACUGCCAACCCCAGUUUUUUCAAUACUCUUUUCAUCCCCUUUUCUACAAUGUCUGAAGACCAGGAAGUGGUUUUCACAUGAAAACACAGUUAAGGGUGUUGGAGAGAAGGUUGAGGGGAAAUCCACCUUAUCAAAUCCAUCAACAUCUAAUUCUCAGAGGUGUCGAAUACUCAGGUACUGUAACAGAAGCAGGAUCAAAGUCAUAGAUGUUCACUAUAAAGGUGCAUAGUCCCUGUCUGUGUGUGCCUUUUGAUUUGUGCAGCUGGUCCUUGUUAUGUUUUAUAAGUUUGGGUUCAUUUACAGCCUUAGAUUCAAUAUCACAUUCAAUUAUGCCGGUAAAUGCAUUUAGCUUCUGUUUGCUUCAACCAUGCCUUUAUAGGCAGAAAGUUAACUGUCCUUUUUUUUUUUUACUUUGUUGGGUUUGUGCAAGAGGCUCAUGCGAAGAAAGGAGUGAUGAGGUUUAACAAGAAAAAGAAUGAGAAAGUUUGCUAGUUUUUUCAGUCAGCAUACAGCUCACAAACAUGCAUGCAUGAAACAUGCAGACACUCAACCUACCACACGCAUUCUUGUGCUCGGAUACAUGUAAAUAAAUUGCAGUGUGCCCUGAGGCUGUUUUCAGAUCAGCCGUCUCCCUCCUUGUGAUUAAAGUGCCACCUGCAGAGGUAAAAGCUAAGGUCGCCGUUCAAGCUGUCAUGUAAAGGUAAUUCAUUUAUCCAGUUGUCACAGUGAUGGCUGGAACAGGUUGUGGUGAACCUGUGCUGGAACUGCUGAGUUAGACCUGGGGCUUGACUUUGAUUUGUUAUGGCUUUUGAUCAGAAAUCAUAACAUUAGAAAACAGAAAAAGAUUUAAGGUGAUUUUUUUCUUUUUUUUUUUGAUUAAAAGAAGUGUUUGUUUUCUUUAUUCUAGAGUUUGUUUAUUGUACCUCCCAAAGCACUGGAAAGUAUUUUAUUGUUUUUCUUUGUACAUUGAAUAUGAUUUGUUUCAGACGUUGGAUGCCACUAAGCCACUUAACUGUGUUUUAUUUGUAUUUGUUCUUUUAGUUUUGUUUUAAUUUUAUUCCAAACGGCCCUCUUUUUUCAGAGCCAUUUUAUGGAAAUGCUCUGUAAAUGCAUUUAAGCCAAUGAUUCAAAGGAGGAGUGGGAAAACAUUUAUAAUCUUCUGAAUAUCAAAUGAAAGAGGAAGAGAUAAUGUACAUUGAAGACACUUUUUUAUAUGAUUGGGAUUUUAUUUUUCUCUGCUUAGACGUUUUAAUUUGGAGCCAAACAUGCAUAAAAGAUUAUUCUGUAAUUUUACUGAAAUGAAAUUGCUCCUUUGAUGAAUGUAAGGUUUGCGGUCAGACUGAACUACAUCAGAAUUUUUCCCCAGCUGCCUCCCUCCUCUCUGACUGUUGUGUCCAUGGAGACUGGAUAUGACCAACUUUAGAAAAAGUCUGAACCAGUGUUUUGUGAUUGUCUGGUGUUGUACCACUGACUCUGCAUUUGCUGUUGUCCAGAUCUGUGCCUUUCUGCUACAGUUUGACUGUUGUUGCACAGCCACUCAGCCAACACUCCAAAGAGCUCAUCAGGCCUCCUCUGUUCUUCCAUUUGAGGGUGUUCUGAAGGGCAACCACACAGGGAAAAGUGCUUCUGAAUUUACUGAAGAUAUAAAAUGUUUUACCAGAAUCCA